AUGACCACAGGAAGAGAGAAAACAUUACCUAAAAUAAAGGGUAUAGAGAGGAACUCUCCCAUUCCUGGCAGUUACCACAUCCGAGACUUCAUUGAGGAAAUGGGUCUCAACCCUGUGGCCAAGACGUAUGGCUUCAAAAGCACUGGACGGGGCACGCUAAUGAUGUGUGUACGUAAAGGGGAUGUGUUAUUGCCUGGAGCCUAUAACUUCACUGACUCCACCAAUGAGGCUCUGCGGCGCCAGGCAACUUAUUCUUUCAAAAACUGCCCAAGAUCUGAUAACUUCACUUUAGGGAUCAGGGAUAAGGAUAUUCUCCUGUCAGGUCAUUAUGAUGUUGCAGAGAAGCCUGUCAGCAAAUCACACUGCAAACACGUGAUGUUUCGUUCAGCUGUCCAGAGGGUCACUUUUCACCCUAAAGAUGGACCAGCACCUGGACAUUACGACCUGAGACCAAGCACGGGCAUUGCAGUAACGUCCUGCUUCAGAUCCACCGUACCACGACUGAACAGCGUUCACACUGGAACUCCAGGGCCUGGCGUGUAUGAUUUGACAUGGCCCAAGGGUCAACGGCUUAGGGCUGGGGUCAACGUAGGAUGGGCUCAUGACCUUCUGUAUCGCAACAUACCAUUAAAUUUACCAUUGCAGUGACCUGCAAAUAAACAUUUACGUA